AUGUCUAGAGCAAAGCCAAACAUACUUCCAUCAUGGAUUUAUGAUCGAAUAGAUCAAGGAGAAGACAUGGAAAUUGGAGAUGCCACUGAGGACGAACACAAGUAUAUAAGGAAGAUAGUCAUAGUUGCAUUAUGGUGUGUACAGAUGAAUCCCACGGAUCGCCCUUCAAUGAGCAAGGCAUUGGAGAUGCUAGAAGGUGAAGUUGAACUCCUGCAAAUGUCCCCCAGGCCUACUCUAUACUCCAGGGAGAUGUCAGUUGAGGAUUAUAUGAACAAUCCAGUCGGGGUACCAAUUUCUUCACGAAAUGCGACAAUGACGAUCAGCUUGGAGGGAAGGUAG